CGAGCAGGAGGAGGACGAAAAUUCAAACGAAGAUGAGAUGGAUCUGGAUGGUUCGGAUUGGUCCAAGAAUGUUAUCUACUUAACGGGAACACCGAAACGUGCCGUACCUCCCGAGAUUACUAAUACACUUCCAUUGGCUAACACCAGUAUCCCUAAAUCGGAACCCUUGCAUUCCACCACCUUGGGCACACCCCAACGUCCUUUCACUUCUCGUAAUAAUCACGCUUCGGAAUCUAUUGGGAAACGUUUUUCCAGGCGUCUAAGAGGAAAUUCUCAUAUCAAGAAUGGAAAUACAAGUCCGGAAACAGUGGAUCCAGCUUUGGAACCGCCUGCUCAGCUGGCCAAAUCCGUGGAUGUCACUGGCUACUUCCACCGGAUUUCUGCUAAUCUCGUCGAGCAGCGCGUCUCCCUGAAGUCUUUUGAAGCUCUGCGCAAGCGCAUCAAUCUUAUGGUGACCAAAACUUUGAACGAAUCCAAGAAGAUGCGCAAGUAGUUUAAAUAUUUACCCAUUUCUCUUUCUUAAUCAUUAUCCAAAUUUAUGCUUAACAUUUGGUUCAGAAA